AUGGCUGCCGUAGGGUCCAUGGUGUUCUGCACCGACUGCGGAAACCUCCUACCGUCGACAAAGGGAACGGAGAAGAAUAUUCUCCAGUGCGAAUGCUGCGGCCAGUGGAAUAAAGACACGGGGUCGAAAACGAUUGUGACGAAAUCAAAGCCAUCGGAUUUCCCAUCAGCCCUCCGACAGAAACUACACUCGAGCGUGCAGACGGUCGAGCGGCACAACAUCCAGACGGAAACCAGCGUUUUCGAGAGGUGCCCCAGCUGCGGCAGGGAAGAGGUCAAAUACACAACAGUGCAGCUGCGCGGCGCCGACGAAGGCUCAACAGUCAUCUACAGUUGCGAAUGCGGCAAUUCGUGGAACGAGAAUAACUGA